AUGUUGAGAGGUUUGAGGGAUGCAGUAUCUUGGACAAUAUGGGAAGAAAGAAACUUUCGGAUAUUCUCAGCGGCUGAGAGAGGGGUGGAAGAACUAAAGGCUAUCAUUCAUUUUAGGGUUGUACAGUGGCUAAUAUCUACGGAACUAUUCACAGGUUACACAAUGGAUGGCAUGUUGAGGAAGUGGGGUGAAAUAGCAAAGAGCACACAGACCAAGUCAGUGAUGAGUGUGUCUUGGACACCUUCACCUGCUGGGUUCAUGAAAUUAAAUUUUGAUGGGAGUAGUAUGGGAAACCCUGGACAAUCAGGGAUUGGGGGUGUCUUUAGGGAUGAGAAUGGGGUCAUCCUUGGAAGUUAA